UCUAAUUAAUCAAAUCUAAUGACACAGUGAAAACAGCUAAAAUGAAGUGCCUUCUUCUCCUAGCCUCUUUAGCUCUAGUGCGCGGAUACAGCAUCAAGGACAAUGAGAUCCCAACAGCUCGAUUGAGCACAAGUGAUGAACUAUUAGACAGUGUUAUCAGUGAUUGUUUUGAAGCAGAUUCUCCUACUUCGUGUCUUAAAGUGAAAGUUCUCUCGUUCCUGGAUACGAAGCUCGGAGUGUCCUCGGAGUCGGCCAGGGCGUUCGAGGAGAAAAACAUCGAUAAAGUCAUCUUCGAUCGCGUUGGAAGAAUUCUGAACACCAAUGAGUUCAGAUUCCAGCUCCCAGAGUUCUUGUUCCAAGGUGCUGAAGUCAGCUAUAGAGCUGACAGGGGUCUUGAUGUGGAGUUCCCCGAAGAAAGCAAUGAAAAUGGUGAAGCUCGCGGCAUCUUGAAGAAGAAGCUGCUGCUUCCAGUGUUGUUGCUGCUGAAAUUGAAGAUGAAGGCGUUGAUGCCGAUCCUAGUUGCGAUCAUUGGUGUCAAGGCUAUCAAAGCACUGAUCCUUAGCAAGCUCGCGAUCACACUUGUCGUCGGAUUCCUCGUCUACAACCUGCUGAUGAAGAAAGGAGCUAUGCCAAUGAUGAUUGCACCAACUGAAGCCGCCCCUCCCGCACCCCAAUACGGACCUCCGGCUUCACAAUACGGUACCCCUGCCUCCACCCCAGCAGCGCCCUCCGACUCUUACAGUCCCCAAUGGGAACCCUCCGCGUCCGGCCCCUAUUCUAGAGUUUGGGAUCCAUCGCAACUCGCCUACAGCUCAUACUACCCCGGAGAAUCAAGUUCUUCAGCUUCCUCGAACCAAUCUCCAAGUUAUUCUAGUGUUGCUUCCGUCUCAUCAUCAAUUUCAUCAUCAGCGUCAUCACCCACCUACUGAACUCGAUUACCUCGUGUAAAUAAGCACCCGAUUAUUGUAAAUAGGAUGAAGGCACCCACGGAUAGA